UAUCGCAGAGUGAAUCCGGGCAGGGAGGGAAGCGCUGAGAGAGCUCAGCCCGCCGCAGACUCGCUGCCGCAGCCCCGCGCUCGCCUCCGCCCGUCCCCAGAAAACAAGAACCAUGGCAUCUGGCAGCUCUGCAGCCACCGAGGAGGAGCGCAGCCUCCGGGAAUGUGAGCUCUACGUGCAGAAGCACAACAUUCAGGCCCUGCUGAAGGAUUCCAUUGUGCAGUUGUGCACUGCGCGACCCGAGAGACCCAUGGAAUUCCUCAGGGAAUACUUUGAGAGGCUGGAGAAGGAGGAGGCCAGGCAGAUGCAGAACCCGCAGAAAGCGAGCACUCGUGGGGACUCACGCGAGGACGAAGUCUCCCCUCCUCCACCCAACCCAGCGGUGAAAGGCCGCAGGCGCCGGGGCGCCAUCAGCGCCGAGGUCUACACUGAGGAAGACGCUGCAUCCUAUGUCAGAAAGGUUAUACCGAAAGAUUACAAGACAAUGGCUGCUUUAGCCAAGGCCAUUGAAAAGAAUGUGCUGUUUUCACAUCUUGAUGAUAACGAGAGAAGUGAUAUUUUUGAUGCCAUGUUUCCACUUUCCUUUAUUGCUGGAGAGACCGUUAUUCAGCAAGGUGAUGAAGGGGAUAACUUCUAUGUGAUUGAUCAAGGAGAGAUGGAUGUCUAUGUCAACAAUGAAUGGGCAACCAGUGUUGGGGAAGGAGGGAGCUUUGGCGAACUUGCUUUGAUUUAUGGGACACCUCGAGCAGCCACUGUCAAAGCUAAGACAAAUGUGAAAUUGUGGGGAAUUGACCGAGACAGCUAUAGAAGAAUCCUUAUGGGAAGCACUCUGAGAAAGCGGAAGAUGUACGAGGAGUUCCUUAGUAAAGUGUCUAUUCUUGAAUCUUUGGACAAGUGGGAACGUCUCACAGUAGCUGAUGCAUUGGAACCAGUCCAGUUUGAAGAUGGGCAGAAGAUUGUGGUGCAAGGAGAACCAGGGGAUGAGUUCUUCAUCAUUCUGGAGGGGUCAGCUGCUGUGCUCCAACGCAGGUCAGAAAAUGAAGAGUUUGUUGAAGUGGGAAGAUUGGGGCCUUCGGAUUAUUUUGGUGAAAUAGCACUCCUGAUGAAUCGUCCCCGUGCGGCCACAGUGGUGGCUCGGGGCCCUUUGAAGUGCGUCAAGCUGGACCGACCUAGAUUUGAACGUGUUCUUGGCCCGUGCUCAGAUAUCCUCAAACGAAACAUCCAGCAGUACAACAGUUUCGUGUCGCUGUCUGUCUGAAAUCUGCCUCCUGUGCCUCCCUUUUCUCCCCCCCAGUCAUGCCUCACUCUCGCACACUGCUUUCUUUUCCCUACUCGCAGCACCACGUGGCCACUGGCAUCGCAGCUUCUUGUCUGUUUAUAUUAAAGUUGCUUUAUUGCACCGUUUUUCAUUUGGAGCAUUAACUGAAUGCUCUCACACAGUUAAAUAAAUAGAGAGUUCUUCGGAGACCGUGCUGUUACUGCUUCUCUUUGUGCAGUGUUAGUUCCCACCUGGGCAGUCUGUGCCUUGCUUUUUGGUGAGGGCAGAUCCUUGCACCAAGUGAAUUACCAUAGAGUGAUGAUGUAACAGUGCAAGGUUUUUUUUUAAGUAACAUAAUUUUCCAGUUAUCAUAAGCAUAUUUUAGAUUGUGGCCAUAUGUGCUAUAUUUCUUUAUAGAAUAAAUGAUUUCUCAUUAAGCUCUAAGGAUUAGGAAAAAUGGAUGUAGAAAAAUCUUAGAAAGAUAUUUGCCUGUGUUUAAAGUAGAUUAAGGGUGGGAAAAUGCCCAUUUUUGCUAAUUAUCAGAUGGAUAUGAUCUGUUACAUUUUUUUCUUCUCUUUUUAACCCGAAGUUUUGUCAGGCUAAUUUGCCUGGUAUUGGUUAUAUCUUGUUACUGUUUCCUCUCCAGUUCUGAAAUAGGUGUGGCCACCUAGACCUACCUGUAGAGUUUGAGACUAAGUUAUAGGCUUACACAUUGAUUAUGAUUUAACUCCAUCUGCCUCAUCUCUCAAUGUCUGAAUAGACCCUUAUUUAUCCAGCUAGUGCCAAAUAUUGAUCAUCAGAUGCUGAAUUGAGAAGAAUUAUUGGAGGUCUACACUCUUGGUUACUAACUUAGAGCUCUUGGUUAGUGCACAUUUCUCCGUUGACUCCAGGAUAAUCUCCUGUGCUCAUUAACACUGAUGCCAGGAGACUGGAUUUGCUGGGAAUAGACCGAAUGUAUGGAGCAAAUGUCAUAACAAGCAUGGGGGUGAUGUUGCUAAAGGGAGAAAGGCCAGGUGAACAGAGUUCAUUGUUAGGAACAUUGCCCCACUAAAUUCAUUGGGGCGGGAGAUUUGGGAAGAAGUUUUUUACUUUGGUUUGCCCUUCCCUCCUUUUUACAUCAACUAGAAUUUACUGUGGGUUGGGGGUGGGGUAGGAUAUGUCUGUGUUUCAAAUUGGUCUAAAAGGCCAUCCUGCUGAAAAGUUCUGCUUUCUAUCUAGCACUUCUCUUGCAGAUGUUGAUUUUUAAAGUCAGCUUGUGUUUUGAGUCUUAACUGUCUUUCAGUAUUUUCCAGCCUUACCAACCUUGUGUGUUCCAUUAUUCCACAGUGCACCAAUGAAACCCAACAGUUUAUUUUUAUUAUGUUAUUUUUUUUAAACAAAAUCUCACAGUUCCAUAAUGUAGGCACUUUUUUCAUUUUGAUUUGUAUGUAACGCAGGGUUCUCUCUGGGAGUGACUGCAAGCAUUUUUCUAUUUGUAUGCGACUGGCUCUGGGUACUAAUCCCCUCUCCUGUCCUUUCCCAGGCCAUUUAAAUUGGUUGUGGUAGAUUUUUUUCAGAGAUUUCAACAGUUUUUAGGUUGUUACUAAGUUUGGAGUAUAAAUCUGGGAAAGAGGUUUUAUUUACAUUUUAGUGUGAGAUAGAAAGCCACCUUGUUAACAAACUUUUUAUGUUUCAAAAUAAUCUAUAUUAAAUGAGGGUUUUCUGAUCUAUAUGUUGUGUUUAGCUACCUUUUUAUAUUUAAAAAAUUAAAAAUAAAAAUUAUGUUAUUAGCGUAAAGCUUGAUUUGAUCUUUGUUUAAAUGCCAAAACUGUACUUCAGUGAAUUAUUUAGAAUGCCAUAAAUUACAGUUUCAUAUAUGUAUAUAAUCACAUUCAUGUAUAUUUAGAUACAUAUAAUGCUUCCUAAAUGAGUUUUUCUCUUAAAUCAUUUGGCUUGCUGUUUACUCCCUUUUGUAGUUUUUAAUCUAAGAAACUUUUAAGUCUAAAUUUAAAAAUUAUCACAUUUAAAGCUUUAUCUUUGUGCAGUCUGAGUAUACGUGAGAUAUCACGAUUGGCGUAACUUGUCUUAGCUGAUAAUCAGGACUUUAGAAGUCGUCAUUUCUGGGCUUGGUAAGUGAAUCUCUCAGAUCUGUUGUUGCUCUAGAAAGUAUAGAUGGCCAAAGGACCAUUUUGUAUUGUUUCCUGGUUACUAGUCUGAUACUGUGUGUGCUAAUAUACUCUAUUCUUUUUGUUAUGGAUUGUCUUAACGGUAGGUCAAGUAAUAAAAACAGAUUAAAUAAUUUAAAUUCUUAAGUGAA